GGCGGCGGUGGAGGAGGCAGCAAAGGGGACAGGACUGGCGCGCGCACCAUGAACCCGUUGUAACGCGCAGGCUGCGCGGCGCAGGGCACGGGGGAAGGAGGAGGCUGCCGCGGUGAAGUUCGCCAUGAACCUGAGGGGCCUUUUCCAGGACUUCAACCCAAGUAAAUUCCUCAUCUAUGCCUGUUUGCUGCUAUUCUCUGUGCUGCUGGCCCUUCGUCUGGAUGGCAUUAUUCAGUGGAGUUAUUGGGCUGUCUUUGCACCAAUAUGGCUGUGGAAGUUAAUGGUCAUUGUUGGAGCCUCCGUUGGAACUGGAGUCUGGGCACGCAAUCCCCAGUAUCGAGCAGAAGGAGAAACAUGUGUGGAGUUUAAAGCCAUGCUAAUUGCGGUGGGCAUCCACUUACUCCUGUUGAUGUUUGAAGUGCUGGUCUGUGAUAGGAUUGAGCGAGGCAGCCAUUUCUGGCUUCUGGUCUUCAUGCCGCUGUUCUUUGUUUCCCCAGUGUCUGUUGCAGCUUGUGUUUGGGGCUUUCGACAUGACAGGUCACUGGAGUUAGAAAUCCUGUGUUCUGUCAACAUUCUCCAAUUUAUAUUCAUUGCCUUAAGACUGGACAAGAUCAUCCACUGGCCCUGGCUUGUUGUGUGUGUCCCCCUGUGGAUUCUCAUGUCCUUUUUGUGCCUGGUGGUUCUCUAUUACAUUGUGUGGUCUGUCCUCUUCCUCCGAUCCAUGGAUGUGAUUGCAGAACAGCGAAGGACACAUAUAACAAUGGCACUGAGCUGGAUGACCAUUGUCGUGCCUCUCCUUACAUUUGAGAUCCUGCUAGUUCACAAACUGGAUGGUCACAAUGCAUUCUCCUGUAUCCCAAUAUUUGUCCCCCUUUGGCUUUCCUUGAUCACUCUGAUGGCAACCACAUUUGGACAGAAGGGAGGAAACCACUGGUGGUUUGGUAUUCGCAAGGAUUUCUGUCAGUUUCUUCUUGAAAUCUUCCCAUUUUUGAGAGAAUAUGGAAACAUUUCCUAUGACCUUCAUCAUGAAGAUAAUGAGGAAACUGAAGAAACCCCAGUUCCAGAACCUCCUAAAAUCGCUCCUCUGUUUCGAAAGAAGACCAGGGUAGUUAUCACCCAGAGCCCUGGGAAGUACAUCCUCCCACCUCCCAAAUUAAACAUUGAAAUGCCAGAUUAGACACCUCUUCCUGGGGCAGAAUGCAAGUGCACCGGGUCGCAUGCACUCCUCUACCUUCCUCUGCCUCUUUGUUCACCCUCCAGAACUGGAACUGGAGCUGGGGCUCCAGGUACUUCCAUCUCAUGCCUUGUUUGCACUCAAUGCCUGCCAGUGACUCACCACAAUGGGACACACAAAUGGCAGGUGACUGGAACAUGUGGUGUGGUUUGGGGUGUGUCAGCGGAUGUGGAUGUAUUGGAGGGAGUGUGUGUGAGAGGGAGUGAUCAAGCUGCUUCAGACCCAUUGGCCAUUGGCUGAUUAGGCCAGAGAAGUUACAUCUACAGAGCUGGUUUUCAAAAUGCUAAAAUUCCUAUCAAAAUUGUUAUUUGAAAAUGUAUUUUUAAACCUGGCCAGCCUCACCACUUAUCUUAGAUUCUCCUGUUGUGGCAUAAUCAGCAGGAACUGUAAAUAGGCCUUUCUAACCCCAUGUGUGUAUCCACACAGUCAUUACUGUUCGUGUUCCUGCUAUGGAAGUAGUUUCUCCUUGGGCAUGCUGACAGUAGUUUUUUAAUGACCCUAUCGGUGAGCCCUUUCUAAUGGAGUGACUCUGUGCUUGUAUAGUAUUUAUACAAAUAUUUUAGCAUUGUAAUAUACCAUGUUAAAUCCUAGUUCUGUACAGUAUAUUCUGUUAAAGUAUUUUUUUACAAGCUUGUAUGGGAGACAUACAUGUUCUGUUGCAGAAGUAGACAUCGGUGGCAUACCUGUCACACCAACUGUGGUGCAACCCCUUAACAGGACAUCACCAUUUCCCCUUGAAUUUCUCUACAUACAUAGUAGCUGCUACUGCCAAAACAGCUACAAUAAGCAAGAAAUAGUCUGUGCUUUUCUAACAUUCUGGGAAUAUUGGCUUGUUGGAAAACUGUAAAGCACAACUUGAAACUAGAACACUGGUGGAAAUUUCUGAGACUAGGAAAAGCUAGUGCAAUUGUGUAUAUGAGAAGAUCUGAGGCUUUUUGUCUGCCUUCAACAAGAAUGCUUCUGGCUGGGCCUGUGCUUUUAACUAGGAGGACAGUUUCUUCAAGAGCUGGUGGCGAAGCCAUGAAUCAAAGGGGAAGAAAGCAGAUCCUACAGGUAACAAUCUUCUGCCUGGGAACAAGUAGACCAUUUUUUAAAGGAGGGUAAAAAGAGCACUGGAAUUCUCAUCCAGGAAAAGACUGGAGGGAUUAAGGCAGGCAUCUGCUAACUUGUCUAAAGCAGGCUCUACUGAUAUCCACUGUAUACAUGACUCCAGCCUGGCCCUGGCUUCCAGCCAAACUGUUCUGUCUGGGGGGAAAGGGAGACAUUGGAAAUGGUGCAGCCUUUCCUGCUUGGUGUGUAACAAAUGUAGAUUAGUCCACUAUUUUUGCUUCCUUUAGCUGUUCAAUAAACUGGUUCCUCAUUUUCCAUGCACUCUGUGUGGGUAUUGCUUUAGAAAUGGUCCAGGACAAUGGGAUUGUUCUGAGCCAGAGGGGAAGGAAACUGAUAGCUGCCACAGGUGGAUGAA